CUUCUCUCCGUCCGUACUCUGUCGUCCUAUUUCAAGUCUUCUCUUAACUCUUAAGUUUCUCUCUUCAUACUGCUACUAAAAAUAAAAAACCUGAGAAGGCCCAGAAAAAAAGAUCAGAUUGGAAUCAGAGAUGGGUUUGCUAGGGUUUGCAGUGACGUGCUUUGAUGUCCUUGCUUGGCCUCUAAUUUCUCUGGGCUAUCCUCUAUGUGCUUCAAUUCGAGCUAUUGAGGUCAAGUCAAACUUGGACAUGCAGAAGUUGAUCACAUACUGGAUCCUUUUUUCCCUGAUUUCUCUCUUCGAGCUUGGUUUUUCAAAACCCAUUGAAUGGCUUCCGUUCUGGCCUUACAUAAAACUCAUGGUCAUCUCCUAUUUGGUGCUACCUCGCUUUGAUGGUGCAUAUCAUGUUUACGCGUACCUUGUUCGUCCUUACUGUUAUGUGAACCCACAAGUUGUUAUCAACAAAUUCAAUAAGCUGAAGGAGUUAUCUCAUAAGGGGGAAAAUUUUCUGGCUAUGGCAGAGAAAUAUGUUGAAGAGAAUGGGUCUGAAGCCUUGGAGAAACUUAUUGCAAGCAAGUCAAAAGGUACGAAACUUAGUUCUGAUGUGGAAGAGAUCAAGGCUGUUGCAAAUACAGAGAAAAAAGAAGUAGCAAUCGAGCCUAAGUGCAACGAUCGUAUUAUUGUUCGGAAUGACAUCAAGGCAGUGGAACAAACAGAGAAAAAUGCAGCAGCUGCAGCCAAGUCUAAUGGCAAAGAUCCUAUUGUUGUUCAGAAAGAGUUCAAGGCAGUGGAAAAAACAGAGAAAAAUGCAGUAGCUGCAGCCCCUAAGGUGAAGAAUGGAGAGCAAAAUCUUGCUGAUGCUGAGAAGAAAACAGAUGCAACUGUGGAGAUUAAAGAAACAACAGCAACAUCAGUAGCUGGCGGAGAGAGCAAACUUCCAGAUGUAUCCACUUCAAAGAAUGUUCAGAAAGAAUGGAGUUGUGCUGUAUGUCAGAUGACGGUUAACUGUGAGAAAAACUUUAACUUACAUCUUCAAGGGAGGAAACACAGGGCCAAGUGUGAGGAGCUGAAAGCAAGUAAGCAAACAGAUAAAAACAAGGGCUUGUUGUCUUCGACAGCAAAUAAAUCUGAUCAAGCCGAUCAAGAUCCUGGAACACUCAAAUGGAGUCAAGUGAACAGUUGCAAGCCUGGAAAUCCAGACAAUGCUGGUACUCAGAUGCAACAGUCUAAUUUUUGGUGCAGCAUUUGUAAUAAUAUGUGCACUGGAGAGAUGGAUAUGGCCUGUCACCAACCUAAGUGCAACGAUCCUAUUGUUGUUCAAAAAGACAUCAAGGCAGUGGAACAAACAGAGAAAAAUGCAGCAGCUGCAGCCAAGUCUAAUGUCAAUGAUCCUAUUGAUGUUCAGAAAGUUAUCAAGGCAGUGGAACAAACAGAGAAAAAUGCAGCAGCUGCAGCCCCUAAGUCCAAGGGCAAAGAUCCUAUUGUUGUUCCAAAAGAUAUCAAGGCAGUGGAACAAACAGAGAAAAAUGCAGCAACUGUAGCCCCUAAGGUGAAGAAUGGAGACCAAAAUCUUGCUGAUGCUGAGAAGAAAACAGAUGUGACUGUGGAGAUUAAAGAAACAGCAGGAACAUCAGCAGCUGGCGGAGAGAACAAACUUCCAGAGGUAUCCACUUCAAAGAAUGUUCAGAAAGAAUGGACUUGUGCUGCAUGUCAGCUGACGGUUAACUGUGAGAAAACCUUGAAUUCCCAUCUCCAUGGGAGGAAACACAGGGCCAAGUGUGAGGCGCUGAAAGCAAGUAAGCAAACAGAUAAAAACAACGGUUUGUUGUCUUCGGCCACAAAUAAAUCUGAUCAAGAUCCUGGAUCGCACAAAUGGAGUCAAGUGAACAAUGCUGGUACUCAGAUGCAGCAGUCUAAAUUAUGGUGCCGUAUCUGUAAUGUAUGGUGCCCUGGAGAGAUAGAAAUGGCCUGCCACCUUAAUGGAUGGACACAUUUCACUCGAAUUCAAGAAGUGUUUGGCUGUGCAGGUGGCGGACAGGGUUGGGUUUGUGGUUAUUGAGGGUAAAAUGGAUUUGAAUGUUUUAAGGUAUACAAGGAUGGUAGCUGGUUCUCACAUUUUUGUUGUCAAGGAAAAAAGGUAUAAAUUUGGAGAUGAUUGAUUUUAGGUUUUAAUGACGGUGUUUGGAAAUUGAAUGAUUUUCUUCUUCCUUCAGCCUGACUUUUAUUUAUUAAAAAGGUAAAUAGGGGUUUUGAAAACAUUCUUAGCCAAUGAUCAAGGGACUUGAAGGGCACAAUAUUAUGGUGAGAGUGCCUCAUGCUUAGGGAUUGCAAUUUGUCCCACGGUGGCUGGUACUCGUUCCGCCCCGCCCCGUUUAAACCGGUUUCAGGGCGGGGAUGGGUUUUAUGGGGAAAAACACACGCGGUUUCGGUGCGGGGGCAGGGGAGGGCCGCCCCGCCCCGCCCUUCCCCAAUUAGGAUUAAUGGGUAUUUUUUUUAAAAAAAAUUAAUUAAUGUGUAAUGUUGCCAUCAUGAUUGUAUUUGUAAUUUGAAUUUUUUGUUAAACUACUGUUGAUAAUGUUUUUUGUGUUUUGUGA